CCACCCAGCUGUGGAAAAGCAGGAGGGCCAGAGAGCCCAGCCCCAAGCCUCCUGAAGCCUGACCCAUCCGUGGAACCCACAAACUAUUGGUCAUUGGGAGCCAUGAGGGACCCUGUGAGCAGCCAGUAUAGCUCCUUCCUUUUCUGGAGGAUGCCCAUUCCUGAACUGGACCUGUCCGAGUUGGAGGGCCUGGGUCUGCUGGACAUGUCCACUUAUAAGACCCGAGGCAACAACAGUGGGAAACUGUCCAAGGAGGAGCCAAGUGGAGCUGGGCAGAAGAAUUGUCCUGAAGGUGAUGCCCUGCUUGAGUACAGCACCUUCAACUUCUGGAGAGCCCCUAUUGCCAGCAUCCACUCCUUUGAGUUGGACUUGAUUUAA